GGUAUGCUCCGGAUUGUUCCUCAGGGACGCCCCACCCAUCGUAGGCGUUGCCCAAAACAUAUAAACGGGGAGUGUGCGAGUCCGUUGCCACUAACGGCGGUAUCUGCCUGUCAGCAGUAUCCUAAAGCGGAGCCUCCAGGUUGUCAGUCUCCCGGGAGACAGCAGAAUGAAGUUGGCGAGAGUUGGCCUGCUCCUGCUCCUCCUGUUCAUCACGCAGUGUCUCCUGGCCGAUGCCCGCGACGAGCAGAAGGGCAAAAGGAGGAAAGGCAAAGGGCGCAGCCGAGGGGAAUCGCAGGGCGGAGAGAGACCCGGGAAGGCAGAGGCACCUCAAGGCGAUAAGCAAAAGCAGUCGAAGGGGAAGAGCUCUGCCCCGAAACAAGGUACAUUCGUGGGCAAAAGCAAGGAAGAAUGCGAGUGGACAUUGAGGGGAGAUGAGAGCGGUGACAGGAACCUGCGCCUGGAAUGCAAAGCAGGACAUAACGCUUACUGGUGUGAGUUCACGGGGAACCCAGCGGCCUGCCAGAAGUACGCGGGGAAUGCAAAAACCUACUGGAAGCAAGUCAUCCGAGCACUGAAGAAGGCGGCGGACUGCAGCGACCCGUCGACGGUGCUGAAAGCAAGCUUGUGCAAGAGCACAAAGACAGCUCAGAUGAAAAUGACCCGCUCCAGCCUGCUGCCCGCUGCCGCUGCGGCGGAGGAGGACUCGAAGUUAUCGGCCCCACACGCCACCGAUGACCCCGAGAGCCCCGACAUUAACCAAAUAGCCGCCGAGCAUUGUAGUGAAAGUUGGGGAUCUCUCUGCAAGUUCAUGCUGUCAGCGUUCCAAGGCUAAGACAAAAGGGACUGCAAUAAUUCUGUGUCUGCGCUGUUGUGUAUUUUUACUUACUCUGGGACUACUGUUUGUAUAGCUGAGAAACUGUAUUAAAGUUCCACGAUUUAUAAAUAAGCCACUAAGACGCAAAAGUGUUUCUAAUUUAUUAACAGGUGUUCGGAGCACAGUAUCUAGCGCUAAACUCACACGUCCCCGGUCUAUGGCAGAGCGCGGUGCCGUGGGACCGUCUCGCCACUCAAAUCACAAGCCUCCCUUGCUAUUCGCUGUCAAACCAACACAUAACAUAUUCAGGUUUGAAAUGGUUUUAAGUCGCUCUGCCAGACAGCCACGGGGACUACACGCUGCCAAUUUCAACCGUCUUUUUAUUUCCUGUCCUGCUUUGUCCAUUGUCAAUGGAGGAAUAUGGGGUAUUUCUACUAACACCACGGCAUCUGGUUCGCUACCGAUUUGAACGACCUGCCCACUGUCGUUUAGAUUAACGAACGCGCAUUGUGAAUAAAUGUUUAUAUAUAAUACUAAAACUGAUAAUAAAACAAAAUUGAAACACUA